AUGGCAUACAAGUCGUUGCUUAAAGAGCUUUCUGUGGACGGUCAUACAUACAAAUAUUAUGAUAUAGCGGCAAUCGAUCCUGUUAGAUACAUUGUACAGCCAUAUAAUUUACCAUUUUAUAGGAUUAAAAAAAUUCUUGAAAUUUUUAUAGAGAAACUUCCAAUUUCUAUCAGAUACUUGUUGGAAUCUGCAGUACGUAACUGUGAUGAAUUCAGCAUUUACAAAAAAGAUGUAGAAACUAUCCUUGACUGGCAGAAUACGCAAAAGGAAGUUGCAGAAAUUCCAUUUAAACCGACACGAGUCUUAUCACAAGAUUUUACUGGUAUACCUGCUGUAGUAGAUUUGGCAGCAAUGCGUGAUGCGGUCAAGCAAUUGAACGGCGACCCAGGAAAAAUCAAUCCAGUUUGUCCUGUUGAUCUAGUUAUCGAUCACUCAGUUCAAGUGGACUUUUUUGGCAGUUCCGAGGCUCUUUUGAAGAAUCAGCAGAAAGAAUUUCAACGUAACAGAGAGCGUUUCCAAUUUCUCAAGUGGGGUGCAAAUGCUUUCAAAAGACUGUUAAUAAUACCUCCUGGAUCUGGUAUUUGCCACCAAAUAAAUUUGGAGUAUCUUGCUCGAUUGGUGUUUGCAGAUGAAAAUGAUCUUGUUUACCCCGAUUCAGUUGUUGGGACUGAUUCGCACACAACAAUGAAUAAUGGUUCUGGAGUUCUGGCUUGGGGUGUUGGAGGUAUUGAGGCUGAGGCUGUAAUGCUUGGUCAAGCUAUUACGAUGGUUAUCCCGGAGGUAAUUGGAUACCGUUUGAUCGGCAAGCUGCCUCAGCACGUAACCAGCACAGAUCUUGUUCUUGCAGUUACCAAGAAUUUACGUGACGUGGGUGUUGUUGGGAAAUUCGUUGAAUUUUUUGGUUCUGGUGUUACGGAACUGAGUAUUGCUGAUCGUGCUACAAUAGCUAACAUGUGCCCUGAAUAUGGUGCCACUAUUGGUUUUUUUCCGCCGGAUGCUAGAACUUUAACCUAUUACAAGAACACAGGACGUGAAGAACAUGUUGUCAGAAGGGCUGCAGAAUAUUUAAAAAAGGUUCAAUUGUUUGUCGACCAUAAUUCGGAACAUAUGGAGCGAGUUUAUACUAAGGUAUUCGAGUUGGACCUUAGUCAGGUUGUUCCAUGCAUCAGCGGUCCAAAAAGGCCGCAAGACCGAAUUGAGCUAACCUCUUUACAAGCUAACUUUCGUAACAGUUUGGCUAGUCCGUUAUCGUUCACGGGUUUUGGUAUCAGCCCUCAAAGUGUGCAAAAAACUGUUCCUGUCGUGAUCGACGGUAACCAGUAUACAUUAAAACACGGGUCAAUAGUUAUCAGUGCUAUUACUUCCUGUACAAAUACAUCAAAUCCAUCUGUUAUGCUGGGGGCUGGUUUAUUGGCCAAAAAAGCUGUUGAAUUUGGUUUAACGGUACCAAAGUACGUCAAGACAAGUUUGUCACCAGGUUCUCAUGUCGUUAGUCGAUACUUAAAAGAAAGUGCACUGCUACCGUAUCUUGAACAGUUAGGAUACUACGUCGCUGGAUUUGGUUGUAUGACGUGUAUCGGUAACAGCGGUCCACUUCACAAGGAGGUCAUCAAGGCCAUCGAAAACAACGAUCUUGUCGUUGCUGGUAUACUUUCGGGGAAUAGAAAUUUUGAAGGACGAAUUCACCCAAAUGUUAAAGCCAACUACCUUGCUUCACCGGUUCUUGUUGUCGCUUUUGGUAUAGCUGGUCGCAUUGAUAUUGACUUUGAAAAAGAACCACUUGGGGUUAUAUCUAAAGAUGGUGCGAAAAAAGAGGUGUUCUUACGUGAUAUUUGGCCAUCUCGUGAUGAAGUAGCUGAAAUUGAAGAGAAAGUGGUUCUUCCAAAUUUUUUUAAGGAAGUUUAUGGUAACAUCGAACAGGGUAGUGAAGAAUGGAGGAAAAUCGUCUGUUCGCAUGAACAGUUGUAUCAUUGGGAUCAGAAUUCCACCUAUAUCCGGAAAGUCAACUUCUUUGAUGGGAUGGGACAAACCUUGCCGCCCAUAGGGUCGAUUCGCAGUGCAUAUGUAUUAGUAGUUUUGGGUGAUUCAGUAACGACGGACCAUAUUUCUCCAGCUGGUGGGAUAUCCAAGGUAUCUCCAGCAGCGAAGUACCUCGCUGAAAGGGGGGUAGAUCCUGCUGAUUUCAAUACAUAUGGUUCGCGACGAGGGAAUCAUGAAGUGAUGGCUCGUGGAACGUAUGCCAACAUACGGCUGUUAAAUAAAAUGGCCAGCAAGCCGGGCCCCUACGCAGUGCACAUCCCUACAGGUGUUGAGAUGAGUGUAUUUGAAGUUGCUGAACGUUACUGUGAGGAGAAAAGGACCACAAUUGUCAUUGCUGGAAAAGAGUAUGGGUGUGGUUCGUCACGGGACUGGGCAGCUAAAGGUCCGUACCUUUUAGGUGUAAGGGCAGUCAUCGCAGAAUCUUUUGAAAGGAUUCAUAGGUCAAAUCUUAUUGGCAUGGGAAUUAUACCGUUAGAGUUCAUGCGGGGACAGAAUUUCACUACCUUAGAAUUGACGGGUAAAGAGGAGUACACUAUCGAAAUACCGCAAAAUCUGACACCUAGGUGCCUAAUAAAGGUGGAGACAAACGAUGGAAAGAUCUUCACAGUCCUUUGUCGACUGGAUACAGAAAUCGAAGUUACUUAUUAUAAGAAUGGCGGAAUAUUGCCGUACAUGGUACGCAAGUUAAUUUCCGGCUAG